AUGCCCAGCAUAUUGGUUCGUCCGUCCACCCCCAUGCGUGGACCUGAGCCUAGUCUCCCCGCUUCAUUUCUCCAUUCUCUUUUCUGCUCCCUUUUCCGCUCCCCUCAUUUCCCUCCUCCCAUGCUUCUCCUCCCUUCUUCUCUCCUCCUCUUCCUCCACUUUUCCACCCUUUCCGCUCCCCCUUUCCUUUCCUCACCCCUCCCUUUCCAUCUCCGCCCUCAUCCUCCUUUCCCUCUCCUUCGCCUUUUCCGUCUCCUCCCUCUCUCUCCCACCCUCCCUUUCCCCCCCCUCUCCCGCUUCUCGUUUCCCCCCUUCCGCCCACCGCCCCCCUCCAUUUCUGGACACCUGCUCUUGUGGCACUAUCCCCUGCUGCGGAUCCGCACCGGCUGCUGCUGCCAAUCUGCCCCCAUUGCCGCCCCGUGGAACCGUCCUGCGGGUCUGGAGUUUAUCAACGCACAAGAUGCCAAGGAAGCGCAGCAGCGCUGUGAUGGCAUGGUGGUGGACGGGGCGAGAAUCAUUGUGGAGAUGUCCAAACCGACCAACCAGCCCUCGAACCCACCGCGCUGCUUCACCUGUGGGCAGGAGGGCCAUCGCUCCACGGAUUGCCCGGACAGGCAGAGGCAGCACCACUCGCAGGUGGUGUGCUUCGGGUGCAAGCAGCCCGGGCAUCUGCACAAGCACUGCCCUAACCGCCCUGCUAUGCCGGCCAAGCCUAGCGGGGUGCCAUCUGGGUCUGGGGUGAUCUUGGAUUCAGCUGCUGGUGGGAUGAUCCCUUGUGCUGCUGCGGGAAUGCAUGAGGCGGCGGCAAGUGGUGUCAAGUGCUUCGGGUGCAAUGCAUCCGGACAUGUGCUCAAGGACUGCCCCCAGAUUUCUGUAGCAGGUGCGGAUCAGCAUGAGAAGCAGCGCAGGUGGGACAAGCGUCAUUCGUCGCCCACCUCCAGACAGCACUCGCCCAG